AUGCUGUUACCCUCGACCGCCGAUGAUACGAUAUUCGACAAUAUCGGCCCAGGAGACCUCAUACGAUACUCUCGCACCUGUAGGGAGGCCCGAGAUGCAGUCGCUGCAUACAGCCGUCGAGCAUUCUACCUAGAAGGCGUACUCUCUCGCUACUUCAGCCCGGUACAGAUCCUCAAGUUUCGAGAGCUGCAGUUCGAGACGGGCGCUCUGAUCUCUGGCUCCACGGCGCUCCAGCUUCUUGACCGCACCUAUUAUGAGAAUUCCGAUCUAGAUGUGUAUGUUGCCCAGCGCGCUUGCAAGCCCAUCGCUUUUUGGCUGCGGAGCAUUGGGUACAAGUACGUGCCACGGCCGCGGCGCUCCCCGUUCAUGCAAAUUGUACCCGAACUACAGACACUGGAAACGGCUCUCGACUAUAUGAGUCCACAUAUGCCUCAGAUUUUGGCCAUUGAUCGGGAGCGAGACGACGAGCAUCAAUUCCUCGAUGCGCGCGACGAUGGAUACAGUGGGGGACUCAACAUCUAUGAUUUUAAGAAGCCAAAUGAAGAGGUCAAAAUCCAGCUCUUCACGACCUGGCAGGCUCCCUUGGAGUGCAUCUUGAACUUCCACUCCACGUGUGUGAUGAAUUUCAUUACCUACGACAAGGCAAUCUCCCUCUACCCGCAAGCAACAUUCGAUCAACGACGCGCGCUGGCAUGCCAUCCCAACUGGCAAGGACGACGAGAAGCGUAUGCUAAAUAUAGAAACAGAGGAUGGAAGAUUAUCAAGAAGGCCUGGCGGCUCGAAGCCGAGGACCCUGAUUCCCCCUUUGUGUUGGGCAUCCGCCGGGUGGGAGACUCGAAGUGCUGGACGGUGCCUAUCUGCCCUAAGGUCGACUUCCCCGAGAGUACGAUGGAGGCGAAUACAUGGCGCCUGGAGCGGCAUUGGCAUACGCGUGGACCGGAGAUGGCAUUCAGUGUGCUCAAAUCUCCGGCCCUGGCAUCGAGGUAUUUGGUCGCCAAUUCUGAGAUUGAGGGAGUUAUCUCGGGGGGUCUUCCGGAGAGCUCUAGUGAAGGAACAUGGGACGCGAAACUCAAGGAACUUGUCGAGUCGCAUUGGGAGUUGGAGGUUGAGCAAGAAAAAGACGAACCUAUACCAGAGGGAGAGGCGUGGUUUUAA